AUGACGACGAAUCCUGUGCCGCGGAACCACCAACGUCGUCUUGAGGCAGCAGAAAAACAAAGCCAAAAAGUUAUGGAACGACUGGCAGCUGAUAUGCUUUUUGGAUAUAAUGGUCCCCAAAAUGUAAAAGCAGCUGUAUCACUGUACAAGCUUUUAGCCAAAGAAGGGUCCAUAGAAGCCAGACUGUAUGCAUUAGGAUUCUUGUCAUCAUACGGAAUAGGAGGAUAUAAUCAGGCAAAGGCACUGGUAUAUUACACAUUUGCUAGUAUUGGAGGAAAUCUUAUAUCUCAGAUGAUCAUGGGUUAUCGUUACUGGUUAGGAAUCAAUGUUCCAAAGAAUUGUGAAGCAGCAUUAACUAAUUAUAAGAAAGUUGCAAAGUUCGUAGCUCUAACAAAUAGAAAAAAUGAAGACAUACCCGUUGAAAGAGUUGAGCUGAUGGAAAGGCCAGAAAAUCUGAGUAUCAAUGAAGAAUUCUUGGACUGGGAUUUACAUCAAUUUAAGUUUUUGGCUGAAAGAGGAAACACACGAAUACAGAUAUAUCUUGGACAGCUGCAUCUUAUGGGAAGAAGAGGACUAGAAAAAGAUCAUGCUAAAGCUUUGUACUACUUCCUAAAAGCAGCAAAUGCAGGGAAUGCAUAUGGGAUGGCGUUCAUUGGAAAGAUGUAUUUAAAAGGAAGUACUGUUGUGACUCAGAGUAAUAUUACGGCUUUGAAGUUCUUCACCAUGGCAGCAGAUAAGGGUAAUUCUGUUGGACUCUGGGGGCUUGGUAUCCUUUAUUUAAAAGGUAAAGGUGUCCCACUGAAUUACACAGAAGCUUUUCAGUAUUUUCAAAAAGCAGCGGAGAAAGGAUAUGACAAUGCCCAAUUUCAGCUAGGAGUCAUGUAUUAUGGUGGCUUAGGAGUGAGGAGAGAUUUUAAACUUGCCUUCAAAUAUUUUUACUUGGCAUUUGAAAAUGGCCAUCUCCUUGCAGUGUACUAUUUGGCUCAGAUGUAUGGUGAAGGAAUGGGAGUGUUUAAAUCCUGUCAAAAUGCAGUUGAACUUUAUAAAACUGUAUGUGAACUAGGAGGAUGGUCAGAAAUGUUCCGGACAGCAUUUUAUGCUUACCAGACUGGUAAUUUAGACUCAUCUCUAGUCCAAUAUGCCUAUCUAGCUGAAAUGGGCUAUGAAGAAGCUCAGAUUAAUUCAGCUUACAUCAUGGAAUCUGAAAAAGUUAUACUUCUACAUAGAAAUCAAGUGUAUCCAUUGGCUCUUCUCUUAUUGAAGCAAGCUGCAAGUCAAGGCAACGCAUUUGCCAGAGUUAUUGGAGAUUAUUACUUCUAUGGCUUUGGAACAACAAAAGAUUAUGUUUCAGCAGUAACUUAUUAUACUCUUGCGGCAAAUCAACACAGUGCUGAAGCUAUGUUCAAUCUGGCAUACAUGCAUGAGCAUGGUUUAGGGGGUUCCUCAGGUAAAGAUAUACAUUUAGCUAGAAGAUGGUAUGACUUGGCAGCUGAAACCACUCCAGAUGCUGUCAUGCCAGUGUUCCUAGCAUAUAUAAAACUCGAGACUAUGCAUGUGCUUACGUAUCUGCCACUUCUCAAUAUUACUGCAGUCUGGAAAAUGACAGGAUUUGAUGGUUUGCUAAGAAUACAUUGGGAUCUGCUUAUGAUUAUAUUCCUGUUGCAUUAG